GAACGCUACAUUUUACCUCCAAUCUUUUCUUUCUCCCAUUCUCUACUCUUCCUCUUAACACUGACACCUCUACCACCACCACCAACACCAACAUUUCAUUAGAUCUCUUUCUUCGUCUUCGUCUUUUUCUCAUUCUUAGAGCAACAUCAUGAGCACAAUUAUUCACAGCUUUCAGAAGAGAAGCUAUUUACCCACCAUGCCCACCUCCACAAACCAAGCACUCCCAGUCUCACAAUCUGACUCCUCCAAAGAACAAGUCAGCCUACGCAGAAGACUCUCCUCUCUCUCCCUCAAAAUCCAACCCAUCUCUGCCCCUGCCACUUCAUGGGCUUUCCGAAGGUCAAAGUCUGUGUCUUCCAUGGGAGAAUAUGCUGGCACUUCCAUAAAGAAAUGGUGGGACUGGGGCUUCUCUUGGAUCCUCUCAAGAAAGCCCAUUUUCGCCAAAGAUCUAGAAAUGAAUGAAGAAGAAACUAAGAUGCUCGGUCCUCAAAACAAAGGUAGCUGGAGACAUGUUUUCUAUAAGGUCAGGUCCGAGAUCAGAAAGCUUGUUGGCUCUGACCAAGUUCGUCUUCCUCAAACCUACAAGUACAGUUCCUAUGAUUACUCCAAGAAUUUUGACAAUGGAAGUAGAACCUAAGGUUUACAAUGGGGGUGUCAAAUUAAAGUUGCUGAAACCUUUGAUGGAAAAUAAGGUUCAAGAUUCAAAUCAAGAUUAAGUCUUUUGUAUGCCCUUUUGCUUAAUUUUCUGUUUGUAUUUUUUUUUUUAUAAUUCUUUUUCAUUUUUUUCGUUAAUGUUCAUCCUUGCAUGAAGAUUACUGGGAUCUGUAAUUAGACAAGAUAUUCUAUUAUUAUGUGACAUUGUUUGAAAGGUGAAUUAGAAGUGUCUGUUGGUUCAAAA